AGCUCCAGUCGCUCCGACCGGGUUUCGGUCUUUAGGGCUGAACAGGAAGUGUCUGCCUGUGGACCCUGGACGAGGGGGAAAGAAAGCAGAGGGGGGUGACGCGGCGUGGUAAAAUAAGAUAAAAUGGAUAUGGUGGCGGAUUUGGGGGCGAGCAGACUCUAUCGGGCGCCGGGUGAAUCCAGCCACCAGCAACCUCAGAGGUGGUUCAACACGGCCGACAUCACUGCAUCUCACCAGAGCAACCUUUUGAAGCAGCUAAACGAGCAGCGCCGGCAGGAGCUUUUUUGUGACUGCAGUGUGUUGGUUGAGGGCCAGCUCUUCAGGGCUCACCGGAACGUCUUGUUUGCCAGCAGCGGCUACUUCCGGAUGCUGCUGUCCCAGGGACCAGAUGGGCUGCCAGAAACUGUCAACGCAACCUUCGACGUCUUCAGCCCAGAGACUUUCACCGUCAUUCUGGAUUUUAUCUACUCUGGGCAGCUGGAUCUGUCCAGUCACAAUGUGAUUGAGGUCAUGUCCGCGGCCAGCUACUUGCAGAUGAACAGUGUCAUCACAUACUGCAAAAACUUCAUCAAAUCGUCCCUGGACAUUAGUGUAAAGGACGAAGACAGUGACCGCUGCCAUAGCCUGUCUGAGACCUGUUCUUUCACCAGCGGAGCAGGAGAAGAGUCUACAGAGCAUCCGCAGCAAGGCCCCCGCUCCGUCAGCCCACCACCUGCACUCUGGACCCGGGACAACUCCAGGUCCCAGUCCAGUUUUAUGGGGAAGGAGCCGGAGCAGGAAGGUGUAGUCUCAGCCCUUAAGACUGACCCAGGUAGCCCUGCUAAUGAGCUCAGUGCAGAGACAGAUGACCUGCAUGACCCUCAGGACCCUCUGUACACUCUGCCAGGAUCAGAGCGCCGACGUGGGAAAGCAGGUACCAAAAGGAGAGCUCCCAACAGCAUUCGUUCUGGCCAGCAUGAAGACCUGGAUAUUCAGGAGGCAAGAACCCUAAAGGCUGAGAAAGCAGAGGAGCUUUACGCCACACUACCUCCAAUCGUUGGUGUUAUUGGCCACUUUAAUAAAGAUUCCAACCCUGUUAUGCGUUUUAAAUGCCCAUUUUGCACACACACUGUGAAGAGGAAGGCAGACCUGAAGCGUCACCUGCGCUGUCACACCGGAGAGAGACCGUACCCAUGUCAGGCCUGCAAUAAGCGCUUCACCCGCCUGGAGCACCUACGUAGCCACUUUGAGACGAUUCAUCAAGCCAGGAAACUGGUGUGCAGGAAGUGUAAAUGUCAGGUGACAGAGGAAACUGGGCAUGUGGUGUGUGAGGGCACUCGGCGCUACCGCAUCUGCACCACUUGUAUCCAGGAGGUGGGCUGUGAUGACUUACCCAUGGACGGUCUGCAGACGCCCAACGAGGAGCCAGCGCUGUUAUUAGGUGUGGACGGUGAGGAGGAAGGCGACGCCAAGAGAAACUGGAUGGUGAAUGAUGAAGAUGAUCUCGCUGAAGACUCGGGUGCAGAUCUCAUCAUCCAGCAAGUGGAUGACAGCGACGAGGAGCUGCAGUGAAGAAUGACCAAACUAUGUGCAUAUAUAUUGACAGUUUGUAUUUCUGUGUUAAAGCAAUGCAAAAAAAAUUAACAAAUAAAAUACAAUUUUAGCCUAGA